GGAUCAUGUCGUGUUCCUUCAUCCCCGAGGGUUUCCGAAAAUCAAAUCGAAAACCCUAGAAUAGAAGAGAAGAGCUGGCGAGUGGUCGCCCUUCCUCCACCGGUAAUCGAUUGGAUCCCAUGGCCUCCUCCGACGAUCUAGAGUUGCCUCAGUUGACCUACUACAAGCAUCCCCAAUGCAAAAGCUGCCAGGAACUCGACAAGAAGGAGAUGAAAGAAGAGUACGACGAUGAGGACUACGUUUCUAGGUACGACGAUUUCGGUGGCGAUAAGACCCUAAGGCUGCAUGUCAUCUUCUACAGGCGGAGGUUAUUCGAGGAGGGUGGUUUUUAUUUUGGUUGCCGUCCAAAUUAUUUCAACCUGGAGACACUACCAUACCCUCGAGAGCAUUUUAAUUUCGAGCCAGGCUUCGAUUCCAUUGUUGAAGAAUGCGCUGACUUCGCGGUCUAUGCAUAUAAUGAGGAGCGGGAUGCUGAGAUGGAGCUUUGUGGUAUUGAUGAUGCCUCUAUUGGAGGUAGUGGUGGUAUCAAGAUAUUCUAUCUGGUCAUUCGCUGCCGCAAUGGUGAUAGCACCGGUGACGACGGUGGUAGCUCCACUGACGAUGGUAAACGGAAAAGGAGCUCUGGUGAGAGUGAUAACGAGAAGACUUACAGAGUGGUGCUUAACUGUCGCUGGUGGAGUAGGAAUCUGAAGAAGAUUUUGCUCUUCAGGGACUCUAAUGGGGAAAAUUUGAUGACACCGGAUCCCGCGUUCGAUAGACGCAUUAGGCCGGGCAAGCGCCGCCCUCCCCCCACCUAACUGGAUUACAGAGAGCCUUGGAGGAGUUCGUGUCUGUGAGGCUCUUUGGGCUCUCCUGAAAUACACUUGUUUUAAUUAUGUAGCUGGCUGUUAUGGUAGUUGGAGAUUCGGAAGCUGAAGAUGGUGUUUGGGACUCCCAGGAGGAUAAGUAGUAGUAGUAGUAGACAAUAAUGGAGUUUGUUUAUGGCUUUGCGUUUGUUUAGUCUGAUUUAUUUGGAAGCUGAAGGUGGUGCUUCAGCAGGGGGUGGGAAUUUGGUUGCGGUUUUGUGGUUAAACCGCUAACCACACCGAAACCGUGUGGUCUGCAAACCAAAUAAAUAGGGUAUUUUGCGGUCGCAGUUAGCAAUAUUGUAUGUUUUGUGGUUUGCAGGUUAACCGCAACCGCAACCGAACAUGUAACCGCAUUUUAACCGAUUACUAACGCGGUUACAUGCGAUUAACCGCACUAACCGCGAUUAAUUGUAAAGGUAAAGGACUUUACACGGUUGCAAAGGUCCGUCAAUAUAGUGAAUAAGAUGAUGUUUCCCAAGUUGGAAAUGUCGAUCUCAUGGAAGUUUAGCAUGUCGCUAGAAUGCUUGAACUUGUUUUGUUCAAAAUAUAAUUGAAGUGGAU